AUGAUAGUGAGUGGCUGCUCAUCAUCUGGAUCGAAUUCAACAUCGGCGACAGAGCAACAGUCCAAAACACCUUCACUAUCGAUCAGCAGCUCGCGUUCAGAUCGUCACAUUUCUAACAGUUCAAGAACAUCCACAUCCAAUCAUAACAAUGCGAUCGACAACCAAAAUAACAGCAGUCUAAUUUAUACUCCUCAUCUCAACUCACCACAAAUUUAUCAGGCACCUCAACGCCGCAUAGCGUCUUUAUAUGGUGAUGGUCGUUCGUGGUUGACCACUGCCGGUUCCUCGGUGCAUUCGAGUGCAGUGAUUAGAGGUGCUAACAUAGCGUCGGGUUCGAGCUCAACUUCACCGUUGAUGAGUUCAGUUUCAAACACUCGUUUGAACGAUAGCUUACCGUCUCGUUACACUGCCACGAGCAAUUUCUCAAAGGUAAUGAAUCAAAAUCAGAUUAAUCGUACGGAUAACAAUCGACCAGUUUCAUCCUCUUCGUUACUAUCAAAUAGUAUGUAUAAUAAUUAUAACCGUCCCAAUAUGAAUGCAAUGUCAAAUCAACGAAUACUAUCACCGUUCAACGGCACUGUGCAUCGUCCAUACGCCGUCCAGCCGAAUCGUCUGCGGGCAGCCGUAUCGACGGAUAAUUUCUCGACGAAUCGAUUCUCGAAUCAACUCGAUUAUAAUGAGAACAAUUACGGUGGACGUUAUCCACCGCCACCCUAUCAUGUGGCUAGCAGGUUCUCCAGAGAAGCACACUCGCGAUUUCUUGCACCGAAUGCGUUAGAUGCAAAACGUUUGCAAAAAUUUCAAUCACCGUCAUUCAGCACCAAUAAUAACGUAGCAUUGGGCAGUGGUGGUGAACUACGGAACGGCCGUAGCGGAGCAGAGCCGCAGAGAGCAGUGGCCACUGUGAAACUAGCAUCACCCGAUUCGUGGAUGCGAAAUUGCACAACACGCCCCAUAUCACCGUCCGUUCCGCACAACUUCAACCCUAAUUGGCGACGUUCCGCACUCGCCUAUCCUGAGUAUAAUCAACCAUCGGAUACAAUGAAAGAGGAAGAUAAUAAGGACAGAAAAGAGAUUGAAAAUAGAUCAGGUGAGAAGUAUGGUUCGCAUCAAGCCGUGAAUAUUAGUGCCUCAAACAAGGGAAUAAUACCAAUCAAUAUCAGAACAACUUCGAAUGAUAAUAAUAUCGUCAAGAUGAGAAAUGACUCGACUGCUCAAAAGGAUUCAAACAAAAGACAUGCAGGCAGUAACUGGGAACAAGAGUUCAUCGAGGAGAGCGACGAAAACGGAAAUAUUCCAGUGCAAUUUUAUAAUCCGGAGCAACGGUCAGUUACAGUGACAAGUCAGCAACGAGCAGACAUUAACACAUCAGGACCAUCGUCGAAAUUCGGACGCUUUGCACCGAGACAAGCCUCGUUCAUUGCUGCCAUAUCGGGCACCGAAAGAAAUACUAUCAACAACAGUGACAGUCACAAUAAUAAUCAAACCUCACAACUCAGUCAGUCCAGUAAACAGCAACAAGUGAUGACCGUUUUGCCAGCCUCUGCUCCAUCUUAUCGUCUAUCGGCCGGAAUCGCGGUUCAGGAUGAGUGCGCCAGGAGAACACCACCGUCGUAUGUGCUUAACGGUAAAGUCGGUGGUGCGUCACCGCCGUCCGUCACUCGAAUUACGCUCGGUUCGUCGUAUACGAUGAAACCAACGAGCGCAACAACGUCUCAACCACCGCAGUCAUCCUCCUCUUCAACAUUUCGCAAUACGGCUCAUCGUUUGCUGUGUGGUGCAUCCAGAUACGGCAGUAGUGAUGACCACUCCUCAUCACCGAUUCCGUACGAAUCGUCAUCGAGCAGCGUUCAACUGAAGUCGUAUGAUGAGUUGGAUGACAACGGUGAGCGAGUGGAGAAUGCCGAUGGCAACAACGGUGCACCGCGUUGUGUGGAGCAAAUCGCUAACUCCAAUAAUUAUUUACGAAUGACGAAACAACUUCGACGACACGACAAGUCCGCACAACAAAGGCGACAUCUUCGUCUCAGCGCCCCAUCUUUCCUGACGUCGUCGGCUACAGCAACGGAUUGGGCUCAGUCCACGUCGUUUCAGUCGAACAGUCAACAACACCGUCAUGAGUGUUAUUACCCGCAGAAACCACCUCUGCCAGAGCAAGCACGUGAUCAUCUUCGUAGACCCAAUAGCACGACGCACGGUUCGUUGCUUGCUGUGUUGUUCUCUUCUUUCAUUUAA